AUGAAUAUUUCCCUUUUAUUAAACAAUAGAAAUAGAAAUAGAAAUAAUAAUAAUAAUAAUAAUAAUAAUAAUAAUAAUAAUAAUAAUAAUAAUAAUAAUAAUAAUAAUAAUAAUAAUAAUAAUAAUAAUAAUAAUAAUAAUAACAAUAAUAAUAAUAGUAAUAAUGGUAAUGCCAAUGAAAGCGCUAGUUUAAAUAAUGGUAGUGAAGAGAUUCGAUCUAAUCCAUCAUCUAAUUUUUCAUCACCCAUCCAAUCAUCAUUGUCCUCAUCAUCUUCAUCAUUGUCUAGCAACCAAGCAACAACACCAAAAAAGAGAUCACACGCACAUAAAAAUUCACUAAAAUGUCAAUCUCCACAAAUGUCACCACAAAUGUCUCCACAAAUGUCGCCACAAAUGUCACCACCAUUACAAUAUUUUCCACAACACCAAAUGCAACAUCUUAGUCAAUAUCAACUCGAUCACCUUCAACAACAACAACAAUUAAUUCAACAAGAACAACAAGAAAAACAACAACAACAACAACAACACCAACACCAACAACAACAACAAGAACAACAAAAACAACAACAAAAACAACAACAAAGAUUAUCUCCUCAACCAAGAUCCUCACAACCAAGAUCAUCUCCACCAAGAUCAUCUCCACAAAGAUCACCACAAUUAAACCAACAAGAAGGACACAUAAAUAGUGUCCAAACCUAUAGUGGUAAUAAUAUCAAUGAUAAAAAUCAAAACAACACCAAUAAUAAUAAUAAUAAUAUGAGUAAUAAUAAUAACUUCCAUGAUGAUAAUAAUUGUAAUGUAAAUUACAAUAACAUUAGAAAUAAUAGCAAUAACAAUAACAAUAACAAUACUAAUAAUAAUAAUAAUAAUAAUAAUAAUAAUAAUAAUAAUAAUAAUAAUAAUAAUAAUAAUAUUAAUAAUAAUAAUAAUAAUAAUAAUAAUAGUAACAAUAAUAAUUGGAAUAACAAUUAUUGUAACAAUUCUUUUGCCGACGAAACUAACAAAAAUAAUACUUAUGGAAUGGAAUAUAUUAACAUUUCAGAAGAAAACCAAUAUAACAAUAAUAAUAAUAAUAAUAAUAGUAAUAAUAAUAAUAAUUAUAAUAAUUAUAAUAAUUAUAAUAAUAAUAAUAAUAAUAAUAAUAAUAAUAAUAAUAGUAAUAAUAGUAAUAGUAAUAAUAAUAAUAAUAAUAAUAAUAAUAAUAAUAAUAAUAAUAAUAAUAAUAGAAACAAUAUUAUUAAUAGCAAUAUUAACAAUAGCAAUAAUAAUAAUUAUAAUGACAAUGGAUAUAACAAUAAUAGUAAUAUAAAUAGUAAUGAUAGCUAUAACAAUAAUAAUAAUAAUAAUAAUAAUUUUAAUAAUAAUAAUUUUAAUAAUAAUAAUAAUAAUAAUAAUAAUAAUAAUAAUAAUAAUAAUAAUAAUAAUAAUAAUAAUAAGAAUAAUAAUAAUAGUAAUAGUUAUAAUAAUAAUAAUAAUAAUUAUAAUAAUAAUAAUAAUAAUUUCCACAAUAAUAACAACAAUAGCGCCCACAACAAUAACAAUAACAAUUAUAAUAAUAAUAAUAAUAAUAACUAUUAUAAUAGCAAUAACAACAAUAAUUUCCACAAUAAUAAUAAUAAUAAUAAUAAUAAUGGAAAUAAUUUUAAUAAUAAUAAUAAUAAUAAUGGCAAUAAUGGUAAUAUGUUUACCAAUGUAAAUAGUAUAGAUAAUGUAAAUAGAAACAACUAUAAUAAUUAUAACGGUAAUAAUAAUUAUAAUGGUAAUAAUUCAAAUAAUAAUAAUAAUUCAAAUAAUGAAGUUUCACAAAUUACUACAACAUCACUACCAGUUAAGAAAACAAAAGUUUUCAAAGCACCAAGGGAAAAGAAAUUCAAAAGAGGACCAGAUCAAGAUAUUAGAGAGAUUAAACCAGCCACUGCUUUGUUAAAGCAAUAUUUUAUUGGAAAUAGUAUCACUGAAUUCAAUGCUGAGAGAGUUGGUUCAAUUUUAAAGAUUAACCAUGAAAAGUUAAAAGAUAUCCUUGACAUUAUGGAAUGUGCUAGUUUGGUAAUCAAUAACCAUAGUAAUAAUUAUGUUUGGUUAGGUCUUGAUAAUCCAGGUUUCCUCAAAUUGGUUUUCAAUGUUUUCCACUGUUCUUCUAAUCUUGUCACUAAAGAACCCGAAUUUGCUUGUUUAAAAUGUAAAGAAAACGCCUAUAGAUGUCCGACCUCUGUUGAUUUACCAAAAGAUACAAGAUUAGGUUCAACUGUUUGUCAAUUUAUGAAAUUAUUAUUAUCAAAAAGAAUUAGAACUAAUCCAGUAAAUGAUUUCUUAACAAUCUAUCAAGUUUGCUUUAAUUUUAAUUUCUGCUCAGAAGGUAGAUGCCCAGAAGAAGAUUUCAAGUAUCUUAGAAAUACUGCUAAAGUAAAGAGAUGUUAUGAUGUUGCCAACGUAUUCAAUGGUUUAAAUAUUUUAGAAAAAGUUGGUAAAUCUAAAAUACACUCUUAUCAAUGGUGUGGUGAUUUUACAAUUCAAGAUUGUGAAAAUGGUUGCCCAUUUGGUCAUCCAUUACUUACACCAGGAACUGCAUAUACAACAAAUCCUUCACCCAAUCCAUUCAAUCAAUUUAGCAAUGCAUAUAUCUCUUCAUCUGCUCAAUCUUCUUUAUCAAACUCUCCAUUCAUUCAAGGUGGUUUCCAUGGUAACAACAAUAAUAGUAAUAAUAACAAUAUCAAUGGAAAUAAUAUCAAUGGAAAUAAUAACUAUGGCUAUAAUAAUAAUAAUAAUUAUAAUAACUACAAUAGUAACAAUAGCAAUGGCUUUAAUAACGGAAAUUCUUUUUUCCAACAACAACAACCCUUGGUUAAUAGCGGUGUUUCCAUGGUGAGAAAUAAUAACUAUAGCUAUUCUCCAUAA